GGGACUGCAAGGGUGCAUAAUAGUACAGAAAACCCAUAAAUUUGUACAAACACCCCAUUCCUACUAUAUAUUAAAAGUUAAAAUGGAAUGAAAAAGUAAAGCAUGUACCAAAAAUAAUAUUAUAUUAUAUGAUAUUCACAUGUUUGGGUGUGCAUGUAUAAGAAACGAAGAAGUGAAAAUCCACAGCUGUAAUUGCAUGUCUGUUAGUGGGAAGUUGUUCCUCACAUCUUGUGAAAUUUGUGGCGUUUUGUUGUUUGUGGUGCUAUAUGUCCUUCGUAUCAUCAUCUACUUGCAGUCCUCAGGGUUGUGAGGCUUCUUCUUUCCCACAAUUAUUAUACAAUCUCUGCUUCUUGUUUGAGUAGGGGCUCGUCAAUCGAAGGACAAGUGUUUCCCUUUUCGGGGGUCCUCCUUUUCUUCCACUUCUGCAAUUUUCUCAUUUGUCUUUCCAUGUUCCAUCACCUCAACAACAUAAACAAAUCUUCCCAAAAUAUUACUUCCUAGUUCUUAUCGUCUCAUUCAGUUACUGCUCUUCAUUUCAUCCCUCAUCAUCUUUCUCUUCUAUCAACCUCUCUUUUUUUCCUCAACUCCCCUCUCAUUCCAUAUCACCUUCCCUCGCUCACAAAACUUUCACACUUUCCUUUUUCCCUAAAAUGGCCUUUGAUCACCAUCUCAUUUCUGCUCAAAGACUUGGCUUCCUUUGCAUUUCUCUUCUCUUUCUCAUUCUUUCAAGCUGGAUCCAUAAGGGGUUCGUCAUUGAAGGUAGAAUGACCAAAAAACUAAGCGAUGAUUUUCAUCAGACAAUAAGUGAGGAUAAAACUAUAAUGAGGCCAAGAAUAGGGUCAAGGCCACCAAAAUGUGAGAGAAGGUGUAGAUCAUGUGAGCACUGUGAGGCAAUCCAGGUGCCCACAAACCCCCAAGUCCAGAACGGAAAGAAAAACUCUUGGAAGUUUUCUUCUGUUGCAUAUGCCAGGGUUGGUGGCAGUUCUAACUACAAGCCCAUGAGUUGGAAGUGUAAAUGUGGAAACCUCAUUUUCAACCCCUGAGUCCCAUUAGUUCUUUCUUUCAUAUAUCAAGGAUAUCAAUCUGUACAUGAUUAUACACUCUUGAGUGAUUCUUUCUUUUUUACUUUUUAGGAGCCUUUUGUAGUUUAUAUAGUUUUUUUUCCUCCUAUUCUCCUGUCUCUCAGGAACAAGCUUUCAUCUUUACUUUGUAAAUUAUUUCAUAGCUCCGGAUGCUCUCUCCUUUAUAUAACUUUAUUCUGUUACAAGAAGAAAUAGAUAUUAAUGUAAGUUGAGAUUUUAAGAAAGAUUUCACCUAACAUGUUCCUUUUAACGGACUCCACGAUCAUGUGGUUCAGGACAUUGACUUGAUUUUGAAAAUCUAAUGCCAUGCCCUGCUAUUCUCUCUUUUGUUUGUAGUCUCGUUUUUCUGAUUGAGAAAUUUUAUUGUCAGUACUUUUUUAUAGCAGCGAUCUCUGCAGUGUGAUAAAAAAUUGACGUGCUAAUCUUUGAUUGCCCUUUUGAUUUUCGUCUUUUAUACAUUUCCUCCGAAACAGUAAAAGAUUGAUUUUUUUACUUCGUACUUGUACCCAGCGAGUCUUGAUUUUCUUUCAUUGUUCAUCAGAACUGUCAAAUGCCCUUCAUUUAAAAUGUAUUUAGUCAAGAGUAGCCCCUUUACGCUUGAACAAACUAAAACCUCCUAUUACCUAUUUCUUAUUUGGUUUUCUUCCUAGGUAAAUGUAAAACGGAGGAGAUUAACUGUUAUUUCGGAGUAAUGUAAGGGUGUGGGGUUACCCGUUUCACAAUUUAGGAUUCAUGAA